UUCUGUCGAUAUUUUGAAAGGCGUGAAGGAGUGAAACUGUGCAUACGCAUAAGAUAGACGGACAGAAUGGACAUACCCAGUGAGCUUCUGCCGCUGCUCAGCUGCACUCUAUGCGGGCGUCUCUAUUCAGAGGAGGGCAGACAUGUGCCCAAGUUGCUCAGCUGCCAGCACUGCUACUGCAGGGAUUGCCUGGACAAGGAGCUGCUGUGGUCGUUGCCCUGCAAUGGCCGAGAGUGGAUCUGUGGCAGGUGCGGAAUGAGCACCAAGGUCGAGCCGGAUAUGCUGCCCGAACCGGAGUACAUCAUGUAUUUAAUACGCAACUUGAGGGCCCUGCAGUUGGGACAAGUGAUGAUGGCGAUGCAAGCGGGCCCCACCAGCCCCCAAGCAGUCGAGGCUGGAGCCGCAAAGCCCAUCCCUGAGCCUGCAACCAUGGCUGGAUGGAUGGAUGAUGUCUGCGUGAACCGUUUCCUGACCAACAGCUGCGAGCAUUGCCUGAUCCAUGGGUUGCCGAACACGACCUGGUGCCACAACUGUCGACAUCUGAUGUGUCGCGGCUGCGCCAAUGGCGCGGCACACUCCGAGCACCAGUUGACCUGCCACAUGGACUUCAGCGAGCUGGUCCACCAGCUGCUCUCCAAUGAGAUGGACAAAAUCAAGAGGGCCUGCAGUGAGGUCGAUGCGCUGGCCCGCCGCGAUAUGGCAAUGCUUCGGGUUCUCUUUGAAGGCUGUCACCAGCUCCAGAAUACCGUCAGAAAGGAGAUCCUGGGCCACAAGCCCAGCAUGGUUGUCUUGCACAUGCGCGACUGGCUGAUGCGAUCCGAGACGAUGCUCAGUCGCCUGUGGGGAGAGGGUGCCCUCGGGGUCUACGAGAUGCAUCAACUCCUGGGCCGGGCCUCCGCAAAGGUGAAGCUAUUCCGCAAGCAGGUUUUGCAUCUUCAGUUCCAGUAUAACAUGCGGGCCAUCAUCCAGGAGAAUGGCAUGCACCUGCUGACCUUUGAGCUGCUCAACGAGCGAAUUCUGGGUCUACAGCGGAAUCCCAAUCCCAAUCCACCCCAGGGCAUACCUGGGGACGGAGUGCCACCAGCUUUGGUGAUGAUCAAUUACUGCAUCUACAACUACUGGCAACAGAUGCAGCAACAGGUGUUGCUGGUGCCCCGCCAGGAGCAUCCACCGCACCACAGUCAACCCCGCCAUGAGCACUCCCUGAUGCUGCCGAUCAAUAACCUGUGGCAGAUAGCUCCUCUGGAGCCAGCUCCCUCUACCAGCGGCAGCAGCCACAGCUUCUUGACCCACAACUAUCCCCAUCCGGCAGCCCAGCUCUUCAACAACGACUACAACCGCCUGAAUCUGGGCCUACUGCUUGGACAGAACAAUGCACAGGCACAGCAACACCAUCAGCAUCAGCAAGGCUCCGGCAUGCGUCAGCAUGGGCAUGGCCAUGGGACAGCCAUUGGAUUGCAGGGCGUCUGGCCGGGCGAGUACUAAUCGAAGUGAACAAGGAUGCUGCGCCCCGGAUGGCCGAAAACUUUGGCUCGCUU